AUGUGGACUCCUGCGCUGUUGGGAAGCACGGUUGCGGUCAGUGCGUGGCUGCUGGUGCGUCAGUUGGCUCUGUAUCGCAGUAGCGAAGGGCUCUCCGACGUCCCUGCGUUGACUCUGCUACGUUUCAGCUUAAAUGUGCGGCUUCAUUCGCUGAUAUUGUGGAUCUCUGGAGUCUCGCGCAGUCUGCCGAGCAUCGCGGAUGUGGAUCAACUGCCCGGAAAAGUGCUGCGUGUGCUGGGCAACAAUCCGAGUCGAAUGACACUGCGAGGAACAAACGUCUACGUAGUGGGCAGCGGACCGAGAAGAUUGUUGGUCGACUCGAGCGACGGCAAUGAGGUGUUUAUCUCGGAUCUACUGGUGACUCACGGACACCUGGACCAUGUAGGGGGCCUUCUGCCAUUAAAGCAGAGAUUCCCAUCUAUGAAGGUGUGGAAGUAUCUCCCUGAUGCAAGUAAAGAGGGGGAUGGAGACGGAGAUCGACGCUUGAGAUUGAGCAAUGAACAGUGUCGACGCCUCGGGAUUGCGGCACUAAAAGACGGACAGGAGUUCCAAGUGCCCGGCGGUGAAGGCGUGUUGAUGACGGUGUACUCUCCAGGACACUGCAAUGAUCACGUGUGCUUCGUGCUGGAUAAGGUGGACGACCUGAAGGCGCCCGUGUUGUUCUCUGGAGACUGCGUCUUGGGCUUCGGUAGCUGCAUGUUUGACUCGCUGGCCGACCUCACGGCGUCUCUAGCGAAGCUGAAAGACUGCGGUGCUGCAACUAUCUACCCGGGACAUGGACCUGUAGUGGACGAUGCACCCGCUAAGAUCAUGGAGUACAUAACACAUCGUCAACAACGAGAAUUCGAGAUCCUGGAAGUGCUCAAGAGACAGGGAGGACUGUCGUCGCCGGAGAUCGUGGAUAGAAUCUACAAGCCAUUGUCCUACAUGUUGCGCUUGUCUGCACGGAAAGCCGUCGAUAAACACCUGCAGAAACUGCUGGUAGAACGCCAAGUCCGGCAGGUUCGUCCUGCUGGAUGGCUCCAGUCUGCCACGUACAUUUUGAGUUAA